AUGUCUGACCCAGCUGCGGAACCAGGUGUGCCCAACGAUGGGGCUACCAAUGUGCCAGCCGCCGGCGAGAAGUCCAUUGCUGCUGAGGUGAAGCAGCGGGUGCCGGGCAGAGUCGUCUCGCUGGCCAGCACGCCGGAUAGGAUUAUUCUACGCAUCAACAAACUCCUCGCCAACCCAGGCGGCCUCAGCGCCUUCCUCUCCACCCUAAACUACACCCUCUACCUCCUCGCCUUCGCCUCCGCCAAAACCGCGCCCCUGCAAGCCCGCCUCUCCGCCCUCCUCAGCAAAGCCACCGGCCGCCCCGCCACCGCCAUCCUCGCCGGCGGCGUCGCACCCGAAGCCCGCAUUCUCGCUCUGGCAGGUCUCUUCUCCAGCGCGCGUGUGACGAUGCGUCUCUUCGGCCUCUUCCCCAUGUACGCCUGGAUGCGCCAGCUGCUGCAGGGACCGAAGCCCGGGCAGGACCAGAUUCUGUACGCGACGAGUUUCACGCAGUGCUCGCUUUACAUGAUGUUCCAGUUCCUGGAGAACGUGGCGCUCUUGACGGAUCAUGCGGUGCUGCCGACAAGCUAUACGGAGAAGUAUCUCGUCAAGUCGCCGGCGCCGGGGGCGAAGCCGACGAGUAAGAUUUAUCUGUGGGCGUAUCGGGCGUGGUUUGCGGGGGUGUUGUGUGAUGUUGUGAAGCUUGCGCGGGAGGCACAGCUCGAGAGCUCGAAGAGGUCGGAGCGUGGGGAGAAGGGCGUUACGACAAGGAGUGCGGAUGAGGCGGUUGAUAAGAAGUGGUGGAGCGAUGCGGUGGUGCCGGCUGCGUGGACGCCGGUCGCGGCGCAGUUUAGUGUUGAAGGGGGAUUUGGGUGGUUCAAUUUGGGGAUUAUGGGGGCUUGUGGGAUGUUGGCUGGGUUGAGUCGGACGGCGAGCUUAUGGGCGGAGACGGCUUGA